AAGGCUGAAACUACCAACCCACAAUCCAGUUCGCGGGCAAAGUUUGGCUCCGGUCCCGAGAGUGUCCGCGGCAGCCCAAUCCGAAGCGCGCACUCUAGUGAUUGACACCUCACCUUCUCCAGUAAACACAACACAAAAGUCAAUACAUGCCCGCCCACCGAGAAAGGCCACGGUAUCACCCAAUGAGAAAGUGGAAAGAUUAAAUGACAGUUCCACAGGCCAACGAGAGAGCGAAAAAGCUACAGGAAGGCUCAACCUCCGGGGUGUUGAGGGGAGGGGGAAGACGAAGCUUGAAAGACUUGGUAAUGGCGACGGGUUUGUCGGAGCACCAUAACAUGGUGUGGGAAGUAAAGACAAAUCAGAUGCCUAAUGCAGUACAGAAACUCCUGUUGGUAAUGGACAAGAGAACUUCAGGAAUGAAUGACUCAUUGGAGUUGUUGCAGUGUAAUGAGAACUUGCCAUCCUCACCUGGCUAUAACUCCUGUGAUGAACACAUGGAGCUUGAUGACCUUCCUGAACUUCAGGCUGUUCAAAGUGAUCCUGCCCAGUCUGCCAUCUACCAGCUAAGUUCAGAUGUUUCACAUCAAGAAUACUCAAGACCAUCUUGGAACCAGAAUACCUCAGACAUAUCGGAAAAUACUUACCGUGAAAAUGAGGUGGACUGGCUCACAGAAUUAGCAAAUAUUGCCACCAGUCCACAAAGUCCACUUAUGCAGUGCUCAUUUUAUAACAGAUCAUCUCCUGUACACAUCAUAGCUACUAGCAAAAGUUUACAUUCCUAUGCACGCCCUCCACCAGUGUCAUCCUCUUCAAAGAGUGAGCCAGCCUUCCCUCACCACCACUGGAAGGAGGAAACACCAGUAAGACAUGAAAGGGCAAAUAGUGAAUCAGAAUCUGGCAUUUUCUGCAUGUCCUCCCUAUCAGAUGAUGAUGAUUUAGGGUGGUGCAAUUCCUGGCCUUCAACUAUUUGGCACUGUUUUUUGAAAGGCACACGACUGUGCUUUCAUAAGGGAAGCAGUAAGGAAUGGCAGGAUGUUGAAGACUUUGCUAGAGCUGAAGGCUGCGAUAAUGAGGAAGAUCUUCAAAUGGGAAAUCACAAGGGCUAUGGUUCUGAUGGUCUAAAGUUGUUAUCCCAUGAAGAAAGUAUAUCAUUUGGUGAAUCUGUACUGAAGUUGACUUUUGACCCUGGUACAGUAGAAGAUGGCUUACUUACUGUAGAGUGUAAGCUGGACCACCCUUUCUAUGUUAAAAACAAAGGUUGGUCAUCAUUUUACCCAAGUUUGACUGUGGUACAACAUGGCAUUCCAUGUUGUGAAAUUCAUAUUGGUGAUGUAUGUCUACCUCCUGGACACCCUGAUGCCAUUAAUUUUGACGAUUCAGGUGUAUUUGAUACAUUUAAAAGGUAAUACUGAAUUC